CUCAACCCUUCAACAAUGCCAUCUAUCAAUGCUUCUUCCAUUUUCCUUCUCUCUCUCUUCUUCACACCUCUCUUCUCUCUCUCUCUCUCUUUCUCUUUCUGCUUCACAACAACAACAUUGUUUGUCUUCUUAGUUCCUCUACGUUAAAUUUGGUGAGAAUAAUCAGAUGGUUGCAUGCCCCUGUAGGUGAAUAGUUUAUAUGAGAGGAACAAUGGGUGCUUCUCCUCAUUCUGUUGAAGCUAGACACCGUUUACCAGCAUCCAUUUGUGGUGAAUGAUGAGUUGGUGCAGUGAAGAUUUAUACAAACGAAGAUUGCCAAGAAGCAAAGCAAAAGAUGCAGACAAGCCUUUCCAUUUAUCAGUCCAAGAUAGAAGUUCAAGAUGCAAGUUGUCUUUCUUAAAACUCAUACUAUUGAUAACCAUAAGUGGCACUUUUGUAACACUUCUCUAUUCUCCAGAGGUUUACAAUACCAACCAUUUAUCAACCUCAGGCUCUCGGUGGAUAUGGGGUGGCUCAGAUCCUCGUUACAUAUCCAAUGUAGACACUGACUGGGAUGACAUACUGAAAAUUACUGAUAAGUUGACAGCGCAAGACGAACUUCAAGGAAUUGGGCUUGUAAAUUUCAACAAGACAGAACAAGUCCAUUGGGAACAUCAUAUUCCUGAUGCAACACAUGUUGUUCUGCCUCUGGAGUAUGCUGCAAGAAAUGUGACAUGGGAAUCCUUGUACCCAGAAUGGAUUGACGAGGAAGAAGAAACUGAAGUUCCUGUGUGUCCUUCUCUGCCUAGUAUUAGACCCCCAGGCAUAAGACUCAACCUCAUCGCCGUGAAGCUUCCUUGCAGGAAUGGAGGGAACUGGUCCAGAGACGUUGCUCGUCUGCAUCUUCAGCUUGCAGCUGCUGGCCUUGCAACCUCUUUCAAAGGAAACUACCCCGUUUAUGUGCUCUUCAUCACCAACUGUUUUCCAAUUCCAAAUCUUUUUUCAUGUAAAGAACUGGUUGGACGCGAAGGGAAUGUGUGGUUAUACAAACCAAACUUGAGUGUGUUGAGAGAAAAAGUUCAGCUUCCAGUAGGGUCUUGUGAACUUGCACUUCCAAUGAGAGGCAAAGAGUUGGCUUACAAUGGGAAUGCUCCUAGAGAAGCCUAUGCAACAAUUCUGCACUCAGCUCAUGUUUACGUUUGUGGGGCCAUAGCUGCUGCACAAAGCAUCCGCAUGUCUGGAUCAACUCGAGAUUUUGUGAUACUUGUUGAUGAGACGAUCAGUGGGUAUCACAGAAGUGGUUUGGAAGCAGCAGGGUGGAAAGUUAGAACAAUUCAAAGAAUCAGAAACCCCAAAGCUGAAAAAGAUGCUUACAAUGAGUGGAACUACAGCAAGUUCAGGCUGUGGCAGUUGACAGAUUAUGACAAGAUAAUAUUCAUUGAUGCAGAUUUGCUGAUACUGAGAAACAUAGAUUUCCUAUUUGGAAUGCCAGAAAUCACCGCCACUGGAAACAAUGCCACGCUCUUCAACUCCGGUGUCAUGGUGGUUGAGCCAUCAAACUGCACGUUCCAGCUCCUGAUGGAUCACAUAAACGAGAUUGAGUCCUACAACGGAGGGGACCAAGGAUAUUUGAAUGAAAUAUUCACGUGGUGGCACAGGAUACCAAGACACAUGAACUUCUUGAAGCAUUUUUGGAUUGGUGAUGAGGAAGAGAAGAAACAGAUGAAGACUUUGUUGUUUGGCGCUGAGCCUCCAAUUUUGUAUGUGCUGCAUUAUCUAGGUGUGAAGCCAUGGUUAUGCUUCCGGGACUAUGAUUGCAACUGGAAUGCUGAUAUCUUUCAUGAGUUUGCAAGUGAUGUUGCGCAUGCAAAGUGGUGGAAGGUGCAUGAUGCAAUGCCUGAGCUUUUGCAGCAGUUUUGUCUGCUGAAAUCGAAGCAGAAGGCACAGUUGGAGUGGGAUCGUAGGCAGGCUGAAAUUGCAAACUACACGGACGGCCAUUGGCGAAGAAAAGUUAAAGAUAGACGCUUGAAGAAAUGUAUAGAUAAUUUGUGCAACUGGAAAAGCAUGUUGCGGCACUGGGGAGAGACAAAUUGGACAGAUGAUGAGUUUUAUACUCCAACACCACCUACCAUUACCACAGCAUCUCUUUCGGCUUUAUGAGUUAUCACUUCCCCUUUAUAAUUUCCUCGCAUGUGUUCAAAUUUCCUAGUGUUAGCAACAAGGGAUGGCGGAAACAUUUUUUUCCUCA